AUUGGGUCAUCGCAUUGCAUGGGCCAUGGCAAGCAAGUGGCGCCUGAACCGGGCAGAAGAAAGCUCUGUUCAAAAGGAGGCGGAUGCGGUGAAGGCGGAAAGGCUGAACCAGGGCUGCUCUGAGCAGGAGGCCAAAGAAGCUCACAGGCAGCAUGUCGCCACCCGCACGCAAGAGCUGAAGAAGGCAAAGGCUGAUGCCAGCAAGGCUAAGCAGGCUGCCCGGUCCGCAGGCGGGAAAGGUGCAGCCGCCCCGCCGUCGCUUGCCGCCCCGUCAGCGGACGUGCUCCAGAACAACACGGACUACUACACGAAGCUGAUGGACUCAAUGUCUGUCAUUCAAGGCCACCCUGUUUUUCAGCGGAUCAACGAGGCGAUGCCGCUGCUGAUCACGGAUGAUGAAACCAAAGAGUGCGGCGUUCAGGCUGUCUUUGAGGCGGAGGCUGCGAAGAUUGCAUUGGCUCGGACAGGAGUGUACCGGGCAGCUUGCAAUUUGUUCUGGCUUGACCUGACCAGCAACUCGACACCGAGGGUGCCGCUGAGCUACGCAAGGGUGCGUGAGUGGGCACAGACUGUCUUUGGCAAGGGGCCGCGCCACUUCAAAGACCUCAUUCUCGUUGCAGCCCCUGCAGCUGACUCGGACUUGCUUGCUUUGCGCGGAUCUUGGAAACAAGUGACGCCGGAAGAGCUGACUCACAGCACUGUGUUUGCGCUGGCAGACCGCAUCACAGCAGGCGCCGGUGAGGAAGAGCUGCGAUCAUGGCGUUCCUGCUUGCUGAGCACGCCGAUGAUGUUCAGUGUCCUGGGCAACGAGGAUGCAAUCUAUUGGGAGGCAUACGACCAGAGGCAGAGGAUUGUCCAAAGCCACGACACUAUCAAGAGGUCAGCCCGGCAGUGGGCGCACGAGAUCAUGGCGUUCAAAGAGAGGAAGGAGCAGGAGCUUGGCGAGGCGUUGACUUCAAAGCGCUUGCAAAUGCUGUUCAAAGAUGGCUCGAAGCACACCGAGGCUCGCUCCACCAAGAUCGAAACUGGCGCGGACAACUUCGUUGCAGACUGUCAAAGGGUUUACGAGAAACUGUUGACAGACAACUACUGCAACGCCAAGCUCGAGUCGUUGGAGCGCCAAUUCGGACUGGAGUCGCCGCUCAAUAGCCUUCUCAAGCUCCGUGUCAUCAUAGAGAAAACAAGCAACGUCGAACAGCGGCGCUGG